AUGAGCAAUUUGCGAACACUCUGCAGCAGGCCGACCCACAGUCUCUUCACCUCCUUCAUCCGUUGCGGCAGGCACAAGCCUCGCUCCAGAGUUAGGGUUUCCUUCCGAAGCCGCGAUUCCAAGUCGUCGUCGUCGUGUUCUUCCUUCUCUCCCUGGCUCCAUGGUCAUCAUAACAACGAUCCCUGGUCCCGUGCGAAGCAGAAGAGAACCGUCGUCAAGGCGUCUGAUUGGGUGGACGAGAUAUCUCCUUACGAAACCCUCGAGUUGGAAGGGGAUGCAGAUGAAGAGCAAAUUAAGGUGGCUUACAGACGCUUGGCGAAGUUCUACCACCCAGAUGUCUAUAACGGGAGAGGGACACUGGGGGAAGGUGAAACGGCUGAAGCUAGGUUCAUCAAGAUUCAAGCUGCGUAUGAGUUGCUCAUGGACCGGGACAAGAGAAGGCAGUAUGAUAUGGAUAACAGGGUCAAUCCUAUGAAGGCAUCACAAGCAUGGAUGGACUGGCUGAUUAAGAAGCGAAAAGCUUUUGAUCAACGCGGGGAUAUGGCAAUCACGACGUGGGCUGAACAGCAGCAGCGUGAAAUAAAUCUUCGUGUGAGGCAGCUUUCUCGUUCGAAGAUUGAUCCAGAUGAAGAGCGACGUAUCUUGGCGAAGGAGAAGAAGGCAUCUGCAGAAUACUUCAACACGACAAUGAAGCGGCACACGCUCAUCUUGAAGAAACGGGACCUGAUGAGGAAGGGAGCAGAGGAAGAGAAGAAAAGGCUUAUCAGCAAGCUUCUAGCUGCAGAAGGCCUCGAGCUGGACACGGACAAUGAUGGUGGACAGAAGUAGCUAAGUUUAUUCGAAUGUGCUGAAGAUUAACAAAGUUCAACACUUUUAGAGUACAUGUUGAUAUCAUCACUUAUACAAGGUUGGGCCUCAGAAUGUGUACAAAUUGUAAAAUCAGAAAAGAAAGGUGAAUAGAAGCAGCAAUGGAUGAAUGUACAGUACAAAUGUACAAUGUAUUGUUACCUCUUUAAGUGAAGAAAUGAUUCAUCUCC